AUGGCGUCGAAACGAAUUAACACGUUUAAGGUGGUUUUUGUAUCCUUGGCCGUGGUCGCGGUCGGGUUCAUCAUACGGACGCCAUGGCUGCCCAUACGAAGGGAGCUUAAAGCAUCAUUGGGGUAUCCCAGGGACUCACUCCUAAAUUUCACCGAGCUCACCGCGGAGUAUGGAUAUGUGUCCGAAGAACACGAGGUAGUUACUGAAGAUGGCUACAUCCUCACCAUGUUCAGGAUCGUCCAGGCACGGAACUGCCAUCAAAAGAAGAGAUCACCACCAGUGCUGCUAGUGCACGGAUUACUGCAGAGCUCUGACUCUUUCAUAGACUCGGGGCCGAACGCUGGACUGGCCUACCUGAUUUCGGAUGCGUGCUACGACCUCUGGCUAGGCAACGUUAGAGGUAAUUACUACUCCAGGGGCCACACACGAUUGGAUCCCAACAAAGAUCCCAAGUACUGGAAGUUUUACAUCGACGAGAUCGGGUACUAUGACAUACCAGCAAUGAUAGACCACGUACUGGACUACACUGGGAACAACAAGCUGAACUACAUCGGGUUCUCGCAGGGCUCUGGCACCUUCCUAGUGAUGUGCUCCGAAAGACCAAGUUACUGUGAAAAAGUGCAACUACUGAUCGGGUUGGCGCCAGCUGCCAGGCAAUUUAAUACAAAAUCUAAAUUAUUUAGAACGUUAACACAAACCUUCGAAGUUUUAGAAGGACCAUUGGAGAAUUACGGCCUUGUGGAAGUGUUUUCUAAGGGAGCUGUAAGCCAAGAGUUUGUCGCUUUUUUCUGUCAACUGUCACAUUUUACUGGGAAGCUGUGUGAACAAGUUUUGGACGUAUUCGAUUACGUGGACUCCUCUCAUUUGGGCUCGAUCACAAAUGAGACGACGAGGGUUCUGUUCGGGCACUUCCCCGCGGGAACAUCGCUGCACAACAUGGCGCGGUACGGACAGAGUAUGAAGAGCAAACGGUUCGAGAAAUUUAAUUACGGCAAGGAGAAGAACCUGGUGAUGUAUGGGAGCGAGGAGCCUCCGAGGUAUAACCUCAGUGCGGUGACAGCUCCUGUGGUGUGUAUAUACGGGAGUAACGAUGGUUUAGUGGACACCAAGGACGUGGAGUGGCUGGUGGGGAAGAUACCAAAUGUGAUAGAGUCUAUCAAAGUGGAGGACCCUCUCUGGAACCACAUGGACGUGACGUACAUUGGCAAACGAGCAGACGGAUCACCUGAUGGUAAGCGAUCGGCGCCGCCCAUGGACAUCCGCAACACCAGAGGAGUCACAGCUACCUAUAUACCUCUACCUACUGACUUUCUUACAAAUUUAUUGACACCUGGCAGACCCACGCUUACGGUGGCUGGAGAUCGUCGUUUGGUCUCCGACGCCCGGAGUGUCACCUACUGCGGGAGUAGUGAACAACCUGAAGUCACCCAAAACCCAAAAAGUCGAUAA